AUGGAGGGUGAUACCUCAACAUCGACGUCAGGACCUGGCAGUCUCGGUCAAUGGCUAACAGCCGACGGCCUCUUCUCAUUCGAUCCCAGCGCCCUACGCAGCGUGAUCCUCAACUCAGCAAGCGACGCAUCGACGACCAAUUCAUCAGGUCACUUGCAUCAAAAGCUCGACAAGAUCGGCUUUCUCUAUCUCAACCGAAGCUACGGCGUCGGCGCGGCCACAGGGCUUGUUGACGUCGUCGCAACAGGCCCGAGCUCUCCUCCCCAUUGGAUCUCGUACUCUGAGCCGGGCUUCCACUCCGAGGUCUCAUGCAUAUACAACGCCUCAAGCGCCUACCGCAUCGACAAGCUCGACACACCCUCCGGCUGGACGUUGAACAUAUACCAAGCCGCGGGCUCCUACCCCACGGGCGCAUCCACGGGCGGCUGGGUCUACGUCGGCUAUUCGCCGUUGGACAUUUUCUCCUGGGGAGCCACGUACAGCAACAAGACGCGCCGGUCGUACCUCUCGCUGACGACCGCGGCCACGGCAUCCCAAGACGCAUGGUCGUUUAGCCAGCUCAAGGACAUCCAAUGCCAACUCGAUUUCCAGGCAAAGAAUUUCUCCAUUCUAGUCAACCAUACCAACAACAUCAUCUCCGUGACGCCCGGCGCCGAAGGACCGUGGCCCAGCUACGCCGAUGCCGUCAUCGACAAAGUCACAAACUGGCUGUGGGUCUUCUCGUACGUCGACAGCUCCUUCGGCGGCUCGUACCUCGGCCGCACGCUCCGUCUCAACGUCAAUCAGCUGCAGAACGCCACGGGCGGCGACUUCAGCUCCACCUCCACCAACACCUCCACCACCACCAGCACUACCCUUCGCGGCGUCGCCGACUACGUGACUUCCUGCAUCGACGACGUCCUCGUCGCGCUGUCUUCGGCACGUCUGGUCGCUGCGAACGCGACACGCCCGGUCGAGGCACGUAUCGCAGAUUCCGGCCUGUGUCUGCUCUACGCUGCCGAGGGGCUGCGCACCCGCUUCUGGCGUGACAUGCCGCGAGUGGAUUUGAUGGAUCUGACCAGCGUUGUCUUGGCCGCGUGGAAAGGCGGGAUCGGCCGCCGCGUGGAUGACAUGGAGGACAUCUUCAGCGUAGACACGGUGGCUAAACAUCUUCAAGUCGUCCUGGGCGAGUGCAAGGGUAGUAUCCCCGGCAUCAUGCCCAUCGUGGCGUCUCAUGUAGAGACGAGCGAGCAUUAA